UGGGGGGGCAUAUAGUUACCAGGUCCACAGUUACAGCCUGAGGUGGUGAGCCUUUAAUCUGAAGGAAGUAGGAGAAGGUUCUGAGCUGAGGAGCCAGGUGACCUGAUCUUCACAGGCUGUGUGCAGCUGCAGUGUGCAUGAGCGCCUCAACGAAGGUGGGGAUAGUGGGGGGCCUCCUGGGACUGCGCAGGUGACCUCUGCUGAUGGCUGCACAGGGCUGGUGGCUGUGGAGGUGGAGGACCAGCUGCCUUCUGGAUGUGUUCCAGAUGGAGUAGCCCAUGUUCAGUGAUGUGGCGAGCAAGGGUGUGGGGGAUGAGAUGGAAGGGGGCGUCAGGGGCAACCCCAAGGAUUUUGGCUUUCUCCGGAAGAAUGGAUGUCCUGUCAGUUGAGAUGGGGAAGUCAGUAGUCAGUUGGAAUAGGAAGUCAGGUUUUGCCACUGAUGUCACAUGGUCCAGAGACUCCCGACUAGAGGCACCCACUUAGCAGUCGGACGCACAGGUCUGGAGUUCAGGGGAGGCUUCUAGGUUGCAGACAGCCAGAGACAGUGGCCGGCAUGUGCACUGCGGUAUAGCCGGGCAUUAGUUUCCAGAGGGGCCAUCAUUAGGGUGUGGAAGCAGGAAGGGGAAGAAGGAGAUUUGAAUCUCUUCUGGGAGCCUGGUUGGUGGUGGUGGACGUCACAAAGACAGAUGAAAAAGCAGAGUAGCUGUGGGGGGCGUGCCCGUGUGGGAUACAGGUGAGGAGUCUGAAGGCUUCCGAGGGGUCAGGGGUGUGCAGUAGGUGUUGAAGCAUCUCCACGAAGGAGGUCAGGUGUUAGUUAGCUCAGGCCAGGGCGCAUGAUCUUUCCAUGGAGUCCUCAGUGUUUGGUGGUGACUUUGGGUCAGGCCUGUGUUGCUUCGUUGAGGCUGAUAGACCUGGUAGGUUAGUUGAGGUUAAAAUGAAGCAGCCAGGAGCAUUGCUGGGCCUUGGGUGCGGAGUUCAGUGUCGCUGGACUUCACAUGCGGGUCAGGUAAAGGCAGGCUGUGACUGCUUGUAGGACAGCAGGGUAGUGAUGAUGCAGCAGAGGGCUGGGAGUCUGUGAGGUGCUCACGUUAGGUUUGGGAGGGGGAGUACACACGGGUGGCACGUGGGGAGAACCACAGAAGGACCCUGGCACCGGGGAACUUGGGUUUCUGGGGCAGGACGGGGCAAAAUAGGAUGCUGAUUCCACUUGCACACUCCUGCCUGGAUUCUGUGUGCAACAGCAGUGUGUUGGGAAGGCACAGAAAUUACCCGCAGAGUGGGCUGCGGUCUCAGUAACCAAGUUGCAGAAGUGGAGGGACCAGAUAUGGAGAGGGGUUCAGACCAAGAAUGAUGGGCAGGUGAGGAGGAGGAGGGGCGCUUGUGUGGGAGAGGUAAGUUCAAAUUGUGUUGGCCGGGAUGUAGGAUCUGGGGGACCUCAGCAUAAUUUACUGCUGAAAGAGACAGAGAGCCCCCACUGCGGGCCUAGAGCCUGGGCGGGGCUUUCCUGCACCCUCCUCGCUUGUGUUUUUCUGGACACAGCAAUCAGUGGCAGUGAGGACAAGGGAAGUGCCAGUGCCACCAGACCCUGUAUGUCCUCCACACGGGGAAGUCGGGGUGGAGGGCAAGGGCAAGGAGGGGAUGGAAGGAGGUGGCAGUAUGAACAUUCCGGAAAGAGAAGCUGCACAUCGAUUGAAGAAGCCUCCCUGUUUUGGCAGGGGGUUGUGGUUUUCACAGACGUGGCCGUGCGCUUCUCCCAGGAGGAGUGGGGGCUCCUCGAUGAGGCUCAGAGACGCCUGUACCACAGUGUGAUGCUGGACACCGUUGCACUUUUGUCAUCACUAGGGUGGCCCGUUCCAGGUCCCAUGUAAGUGCUCAUCUUGAAGAGGUGGAGGGGCCUUGGUGCCUGACAGCAUGGACCUUACUCCAUCACCAGCUACAGGAAAUGGCCCUGGGGCUGCAGAGUUGGGAAUGGGUUGCUGGCAUGGAGCCCGGGACGAGGAGGCCCCUUCAGGGCACAGUGUUUCUGUAGGAGCAUCACAGGUCAGGACUCCAAAGCCAGGCCCGUCCUUCCAGGAGGCCCAGCCCUGUGAGACGUGUAGCUCACUCUUGAAAGACCUUUUGCGCUUGGCUGAACAGGACGGUAUACACCCCGAGCAAGGCCUGUACGCCUGUGGGGGAGAGUGUUGCCAGCACCAAAAGCAUCAGAUUAGAGCGGAACUUUCCAGGAGCGAUGAGGGGAGGCCUUCAUUUGUGAAGAACUGCAGAGGUCACAUGGCAGAGACGACCUUUAUGUGCAGUGAAGAUGGGAAGGACUUCCCAGCCAGCUCAGGCCUUCUCCAACAGCAGGUUCCUCAGCUUGUAGGACGGUCACACUGGGGCACAGCUGGUGGAGAGGACUUUCAAAAUGAACAGAAUUAUUAUAAAUGUACUCAGUGUGGGAAAAUCUUCAGUCAUAAACAUAUACUUGUUGACCAUGAGAAAAUCCACACUGGAGAAAAGCGUCAUGAGUACAGAGAGUGUGGGAAGGCCUUCCUUAGAAAGUCCCACCUCCAUCAGCACCAGAAAGGCCACGAUGAAGGUCAGUUUUAUGAGAACGCAAAAUGUGGAGGAUGUCUUACACGGAUACCUGGCCUUGGUGACCACCAGGGUAUUCACACCAGGCCGAGGCCUUUUGAGUGCAGCCAGUGUGGGAAGGCUUUCCUUAGACUGUCCCAACUUGUUGGUCACCAGAAAAUCCACACAGAAGAAAGGCCUUAUGGUUGCAGUGAAUGUGGAAAAUUUUUUAGGAAUCGCUCUACGCUCAUUAGACAUCAGAGAGUUCACACUGGAGAGAGGCCAUAUGAGUGCCUUGAAUGUGGGAAAGCCUUUACCCGCAAACAUAAACUUGUUGAGCAUCAGAAAAUCCACAGCGGUGAAAAGCCUUAUGAAUGCAGAGAAUGUGGGAAAGCCUUCAGCCGCAAAGACAAAGUUGUUGAACACCAGAAAAUCCACACCGGAGAGCGGCCUUAUAAGUGCAGUGAAUGUGGGAAAGCUUUCAGCCGCAAACAUAAACUUGUUGAGCACCAGAAAAUCCACACUGGAAUAAGGGCUUAUGAGUGCAGAGAAUGUGGCAAAUUCUUUAUGGACAGCUCCUCGCUCAUUAUUCAUCAGAGAGUCCACACUGGAGAGAGGCCUUAUGAGUGUGGCAAAUGUGGGAAGUUCUUUAGGUACCGCUUCACACUCAUUAGACACCAGAGAACUCACACUAGAGAAAGGCCUGAUGAGUGCAGCAACGUAGGAAAUCCUUUAGUUGCAACUCCAAACUCAUUAGACGUCAGACAAAUCACAGCAGAGAAAGGCCUUAUUAGUGCAGCUAAUGUGGGAAAUUUUUGUGUUACAACUCCAGUCUCAUUACACAACAGAGAGUUCACACUGAUGUGAGUCCUUAUGAGAACUGCGAAUGUGGGGACAUCUCUACCUACAUCUCUGGCCUUGUUAAACAUUGGCAGAUUUCCAACAAUGGAGAAAUGCCUUAUGAGUGCAAUGAAUGUGGGAGAAUCUGUUAAUUUGAUUUAUGUCAUUAUAAACUAAUUUGCAUUUCUUUAAUUUUUAUGUUCUUGGAAUCCUGCAGUAUACUGUUAUGUGACUGCUUUUCCUUACAUUUUUACAUAAAAGGAAUCCCAAAGUA